AUGUCCUCUGUGCAAUCGUCCGUUCUAAAUCCCCAGAGCCAGGGGAUCCGUCAAUCAGCCCGGCAGACACGCACAAAUCCUUCGCGAACGUCCAAGACCAUCGGCCGCUCCUCCUUCGGCUUCGGUCGAGGCUCAACAGCCGAGAUUCCCCCAACACCCCCUGUUCCUCAUGGGUUCUACCCGGCGCUCACGCAUUUCACGGACGCGAUUACGGCGCUUCCGCGCGAGUUCCGCAGACACAACUCUUUGCUGAAGGAGGUGGAUGCGAAGGCAUGGGCGCUCGAGGAGAAUUUGCUCCAGCUCUUGAAGUAUUCUUCUGAGUCGCAGCCCGUACCUCACCCGCCUCACCCGGCGCCCAUCGUUGGCGGUGUGGUGCGUGAAGAUGUCUUGCCCAAAGACCUUCCCCAGUCUCCCGAGUCGGCCGAGAGCAAAAACCGCCGUCUCCUCUUUGAUCGUGUACGACAGAGCCUUUCUGAUCUCAUGAUGACCGCCGACGAGAAGAAUCAUGUAAUUUCCAACGCAAAUGAGGAGCUGGAUCGCCAAAUUGUCCGGCUGGAUACUGUGUUUCCGUACAUUGCGGGUGAGAUUAGCGAAGAGGCUCGGCUCGGUAGUCUGUCGCACUGGGCCUACUCCAAUAAAAACGCAGCGGCGAAGGCAGCAACUAAUGAGCGACCGCGUCGGGAAGCUGUAUCUCAGCGACACGAUCUCACACACGCGCUACAAGAAGCUGAGGCUGCCAGCCGUAGCGAGGCGCGGCGCGAAGCCGUUCUGGCACGGAAACAGCGUCGCACCAACGUUGAUGCCGACUACGAGGAUACGAGAGGUGCUCGCAAGACUACUACCGGUAAAUCUCGUGGUGAUAACGCGGCGGCAGACCAAGGCGCUGCACCCAAGCGCCGGAAGGUGGUAGACAGGUCUGCUGCUGUGGACAUGGGCGCGCCAAUGGAGCGCUCUGCAAGUGGCACUGGAAGUCAGCGUGCUUCAAACAAGGACGGGGCGGAGAAGAAGCGAUCUCGCGCUCCAAACCCCAAUGCGGCGGCUGCCCGCAAGAAGUAUGUUCCCUGUUCCGGACUCGAUAUUGUUGACUCGACUAAUCUGUUUCUUCCCACCAGAACUACCGCCGCCUCUAAUGCGGGCUCCCCCAUCCUAGCUCCCUCCCCUCUUGUUGGAACCUUCAAUACCCAGCGCGGCGCUGCUAGUCCUGGACCCAACCCGGCUCGUCCACAGUCUUCUCGAGCCCAGCAGAACGCCGGCCAGACAGGCAAUUCCCGACAGCGGCCCUCAUCCUCGGCCUCCAACCGCGUUAACCAGUCCAACCCAACUAAACCCUCCGACCCUCGCUCCAACUCCCGUGACGGCCUUGUCAAAAACGAAGUCGCCAUCCCAGACCCGACCCGCGACCCAGACGGCGAUGCCAAUGGCCGCAUUUCCGUCCCCGCCGGAACCAAGCGCGAAGACACGAACCGGCCCGCCGAUGUCCCCGAAACCGAGAGUGCGGCCAAAGGACGGAACUCGAAGACCUCUACCCCCGUGUUGGCGACUUUCGCCGAACCCACACAGCCGCGCGCACGACCGACGCGCAGCACUGACCCAGCACCCAAGCGCACCGCCAAGAAACCUCUUGUGCAGGCUGCGAUCCCGUCCGACGAGGAAUCCAUCCACGAGGGCGACGAUGAGGAUGAGGAGGGCGAGCCACGAUACUGUUACUGCAACGAGAUCAGUUUUGGCGAGAUGGUGGCGUGCGACAACGACGCUUGUCCUCGCGAGUGGUUCCACCUGUCGUGCGUGGGCUUGACCAAGCCGCCAGGAAAGAAUGUCAAAUGGUAUUGCAACGAGUGUAAGCAGAACAUGCGGCCUGGCCGCAAUGGUCGAUAA